UGAAUUUGAAGACCUCUCGGUGCCUGUAUCGUGGCUGACCCUGCGCUCUGACCACUCCGACCUCCGACAACUUCACUGUGCAUUACCGUACAAGUGACACACGAACGCUUCUUUCUUUUUCUUUCCUUGCAGCACUUUUUUACUGAACCGCCUUUGGCUGCAAAGUUCUAGCACAUCCUCUGUAAUCUCUCUUGAGUCCUGAACUGUAUUAACCAUUGUGAAGUGUGAAGUCUUGUGUUCAUCCUGCCCUGAUCAGGUCUGACCUUGAUGACUAGAUUAUUACUCUUGUACCUGGACCACGGCUACUGUAUCACCGCUAUUUGGACCGGAGACUCUGUUAUUUGGAUUGUAGACCUGUGGUGAUUUGGAUUGUUAUUAAUUAAACCUUUUAGAGGGUGUUUUUUAUUCUUUAUCCUUUAUUUGAGUCUUCUUUAACUCCCUAGCAUGGUGUUAGCAUCUUAGCUCUAACUCCAGAACGUCUAAAGAACAGGGUACAAUCGAGGAACAAGGGAACAUAAUGUACAUAAUAUAAACUUCUGUAUAAACCACGUCUCAGCGGCGUACUUUAAGGAUCCCUAAUUGAUGCCGAUUGAACGUGCGGUUAAUCAGACCGGUUGUGCUUACUCGACAAACUGCGGAGUGUUUAACAGGGGAAUUUGUGUGCACUAAGUCUCCCACAUCUCUCUCUCUGGGCCUCCCUGCAGCGCAGCUACCCAUUAACAGAAUUACUGCCGUGGGACGGGGUGUUAUUAUCAGGCAGAGGGGCACAAACUAGUGCCUGAGGGCCUGCCUUGGUUUAAGUACGGCUCAUAAACGGGUGUGUCCACCCCUCAGCUUCUUCGUAGCCAAUAGCGGCUCAGGAAAGGCAGCCGGAGGAGACACUUUAACGUGGGCCGCAAGUUUCAGAGUUUCAUCCAAGAGCCGUCUGAGCCUGCCUGUGGGUGUGUGUGUGUGUGUGUGUAAGGUUGGUGUGUGGUGGAGGACGUCACACGUCUAGUGGUUUAUCUCUAAGUGAAGUGCAAGUAGAGUCACGUUUGGACCGGACCGGACCAGACCAGACAGCACAGGCACGGCUACGGACAUGCGCAGAGUUAGCGCUACACGGAGGUGGGCGUGGCAGCAGAUGAUGGCGGAGUGUAUGACCCGUCUAGCUCUCCUCGCCAUGCUGUGUGCUCCUGCUCUCGCACAGCUAGAUUUAAACAGACUUGAUGGUGACUCUGUGUGCCCACCACUGAGGAACGGACAAGAUGACCUCCCAGGUUUCGACCUGAUCACACAGUUACAGUCGGAUGUGACUCCGCUGAAGGGUGUGAGGAAGGUGGAAGGCUCCACAUCUACUCAGUUGGCCUACAGACUCGACCGUGAGGCUAACUUCCAGAUCCCCACCAGGCCGACCUUCCCCAGAGGCUUCCCGGCGGAGUACUCGGUCAUGACCACGUUCCGCAUGAUCAAGAAUACGGUGAACAAAGUGUGGAACCUGUGGCAGGUGGUGGAUGAGGACGGCUUGAAGCAGGUGGGGAUGCGUCUGAAUGGAGACCAGCAGGCCCUCGAGUUCUUCCUCACCACUAUGGACGGAGACCUUCAGACCGUCACUUUCCCGGGUCUCUCUGUGCUCUUCAACACCAAGUGGCACAAAGUGAUGAUCGGCGUGGAGAGCGAGAUGGUUACGCUGUAUGUGGACUGCCAGCCCGUCGACCAAAAGCCAAUUAAGGAGAAGGGUUACGUCAGCACGGAUGGAGACACUCUCUUCGGGAGACUGGAUGCUGAUCCUAGCAGCUCUGUGGUGUUUGAGGUGCAGUGGAUGCUGAUUCACUGUGACCCAAAGAGAGCUCAGAGAGAAAGCUGCACCGAGCUGCCUGUAGCCGAGAUGUAUGCCAAUGCUGAGCCCGACCCCAAACCCAUCCCUGGGCCUGCUGGACCACCGGGUCCUCCAGGAACUCGGGGACCUGCUGGAGAAGACGGUCGUGAUGGAAGAGAUGGUAUUCCAGGAACACCGGGCACUCCUGGUGCAGCCGGCAGUAAAGGGGAAAAGGGUGAGAUUGGUCUGCCAGGACAGAGAGGACUACAGGGACUUCCAGGACCCAGUGGGCCGAUGGGGCCGAUGGGACCGAGAGGACCGGUGGGAGAAAGAGGUCUGCAGGGUUUCCCAGGUCCAGCUGGACCACCUGGACCUGAGACCACCGGACCUCCUGGACCUCCAGGCAAACCCGGUAUCCCAGGAGACGAGGGCAACAUUGGACCUGAGGGCCCAUCUGGUCCCAGAGGAUCCACAGGACUUCCAGGACCUCCAGGCCCACCCGGACCCCCUGGCCCAGCCGGGGUCGGUGGGAAUCCUGAAGGAAGUGGUGAGACUUGUCAGGCUACGUGCCCUGCCGGACCUCAGGGACUUCCAGGCCUGCCAGGCAUGAAGGGACACAGAGGUCUCCCCGGAGUGAACGGAUUGCCAGGUGUCUCAGGUGAAAAGGGAGAUCGAGGUGCUGUAGGAGAACCCGGGCCUCAAGGACGUCAAGGAGAUGAAGGUCUGAGAGGGCCGAUCGGUUACCCCGGAGAACACGGCGAUAAGGGAGAUCGGGGUCCUCCAGGAUUUAACGGCAUUCCCGGACCCACAGGACCUCCAGGAUCUCCGGGUGUGGAAGGUAUCCGAGGACGGGAUGGACCACAGGGGCCUAAGGGUGAUGAGGGUGUAGCUGGUCCCCCAGGUGCCUCAGGUGCCCACGGUCCCAAAGGAGAAACUGGUGAUUCAGGCAGAAACGGACUGGAUGGGGAACCGGGUCUUCCAGGUGAAAAGGGAGAACCUGGACUUCCUGGAGGUAGUGGAAUCAGAGGCAUUGUGGGAAUCCCAGGUUUACCAGGAAAGCAAGGGAUUAUUGGACCUGUGGGUCAAAAGGGUGAGAUUGGAGUUGAUGGUCCUGUAGGUCCAACUGGUCUUCCUGGUAAACCAGGAGAACAGGGAGCUCCUGGAGAAGACGGGAUCCCAGGAGUUAAAGGAGCCACUGGUGACCCGGGGAAGCCGGGACCGAUGGGUCUGACAGGACCGCAGGGAAUCCCGGGUGACAAAGGAGAGCGUGGGGUCAUGGGCCCUCGUGGGAUCAAAGGUCACACAGGUCACAAAGGAGAUCAGGGUGCUGUAGGUCCACUUGGUCCAAAAGGAAGUGAGGGAGCUCCAGGUAUUCCUGGCUUUACGGGAGGUAAAGGUGAUCAGGGUCCUCCAGGCAUUCCUGGAAUCAAGGGAGAUCGAGGAGAGAAAGGACAGAGAGGAGCAACCGGUGCUGAAGGACGUCCAGGACAGCCGGGACACGAGGGAGUCGCCGGACCUCAGGGAGCACCAGGUCUAGAGGGGGACAGAGGAAUAGCGGGACCACCGGGACCACGAGGAUUUCCUGGUCCCAAACUGAGUGAUGAGAAGAUUCGUCAGAUUUGCUCAGCUGUGGUUGAAGAACAUCUGGAUGCUUACAAGAAACAACUGGCGAAGAAGCCACUGCCCAUCGCGGCCCCUGGGGCCCCUGGGCCUGCUGGUCCUCCAGGACCUCCGGGACCUUCUGGAUCUGCUGGAGGAGCCGGACCGAUCGGGCCUCCAGGCCCUCAGGGGCCUCCGGGUUUCUACGGCUUACCUGGAAAACAAGGACCUAAAGGUGACUCUGGGCUAAAAGGAGACAAAGGAGAUAGUGGCGUUGGAGUCCGAGGACCUCCUGGAGAGCCAGGUGUUCAGGGUCCUCCUGGGAAGUCUGGCAUCGGUAAAGACGGUCAGAACGGAGCACGAGGAGAAGCAGGUACUCCGGGUAUCCCAGGCACCCCGGGCAGUAGAGGACCAACAGGUGCCCCUGGCAUGUGCGACCCCUCAGACUGCUUUAGGCCUCAACCUCUUUACGUAAUGAGUGGAAAAAAACCCAUCAGCAUUAAAGGCCCGUGAAUCUGAAAGAAACCUUCAUCCAUCAUCAUCAUCAUCAUCAUCAUUAAUUUCUUCUUCAUCAUCAUCAUCAUCAUCAUCAAUAGCAGCUGAGAGAUUGGAUCCGAUCAUCUUGAAGAGACUCGGACCUUAAUGUUAUGACCCACGUUCCUGACAGCAGCAGCAUGGAGAUUCUUUUCUGUGACUUGUACAUACACACGAAUAAACAAGGGCCAAACAUUUUUAUACAGCUUUUUUUAAUAUAUACAUAAAACACAAGAUGUGAAUACAUGAUAGGAUCGAAGACAUAACCAACAACCGAACCAAAGGUUUAAAACUUAAAACAGCCCAGAAAGUGACGAUCUGGAAACCUGAGUCUGUCUUAGGCACAGCAGAAACGUAAAAGUUGAUGUGUGGCGGUUUUGAGCAAACUAUAAAAAAAGUGUCUUCAGGUUAACUUUACAAUGUGAUGGUGGAUAAUGUCAGUAAAUGUACCAGAAGCUAAGCUAACACUCCAAAAAAAAAAAAAAAACGCUCCAACACUUUGGUGCAACAUCUCAUGCUGAGAGGCUGAAAUAAAAAUU